AGGAACUUAACGAGCAUGAUUUGGAGGAAAGGCUUUAUGCUAUGCUACAUCAUGUGGACGAGACAGAGGGUAACUUAACAGCGGACCGCGGCGAAGGUCUAAACAUAUUAGAGAAUGUGCCCCGAAGCACGGUACGUCGUUACUGGCGUACCAGCGAGCCUUCUACUCCGUCUCAAAAGGUGAACGUACAGAAAGAUAUCACACCAACACCUUCUAAUAAUAACAUCAACAACAAACAGCAUCAGAAUGGUGUUAUCCAAAAUAACCAAACACCAAAACCGAAAGAAGAAAAACGUGAGUCGCCACCACGACCUCUUACUGCCGAUCUGUCCAUAUUCCAAACACCUGUACCUCAAAUUAUGAAAAGAACCAUUGAGUUUAUUGAAGAUGAAGAUGAUAAUGCUGUAGUACUUGAAUCUAGUGAUGAGGAUGAGGUUAUUGAAGUGGCAUUACCCCCAAAACCAACCAUUACUAUAGAAAGCUCAGAUGAAGAUGAACUUCAAAUUGUCAACACAGUCACCCCUGCUAAAACUCAAGUUAAUGUGGAUAAGACAAUAACAAGUGGAGAAAGAGACAUUUCAGCCAGUCCUGCACCCUCGGCUGUCUCAUCUGUGUCGGAUGAAUUCAUACGUGGUGAUUGUAUUGCAUUAAAUAUAUCCUCCAGGCAUCAGGACAAUCCCAGCUUUGAUUUUAGUCUCCAUGGAUCUGACCUACUUGAACAGAGUACUCCAUCAAAGAAAAAGAAGAAGAAGAAGAGCAAAGAUGCAGUUACAUCUACUCCUGUCCUCCCCGUUACACCUAGCAAGCCUACCCCUAAUGAUGCGUGCUUUGCUACACCUAAAGGUAAAGUUAAGAAUAAGAAGCAAAAAUCUAAAUUAUAUACAGUGACCGAAAAAAGUAUUCCGAGUGCAGAUGUGUAUGACUCUGACAGUAACCAGUCAGUAGACACAAAUAAGAACAAUCACUCAUAUAUUGUUACUGACAAAAGUCUACCCAGCACUGAUGUCUAUGAAUCAGAUUCAAACCUGUCUGAAUGUAUGAAAGAAAUUACACCCAUUACGAAGCAAAAGAAUACUGAUGUGGAAAGUUCAGACAGCAGCAUUUCUCAAAAUAAACCUGUAGAUCAUGUUACAAAAAAGAAUGAAUCCAGUGUAAACGACACAUCUGCAACCAUUUCUGUUGUAGACUUGACUGGGAAUGAUACUUUUGUAAAUCUGGAUUUGUCCGAGUUAGAAAGUGACCUUGUUAUGGGUAAUGUAUCAGGAUUCUCUGAAUACAAUUACUACGGGGAUGAGACAUCAUCUGGUAAUGACAUUUCAAAAUUUGGCUCAACCAAAAUUCCUUCGAUAUUAAACGAAAAUCUCGAUUUUGAUAAUUUGAAAGGCACUGAGAAAGUUUGCAAACAACGAAGAUACUCUCUGACAACUCUACGGGCUGAAAUGGAGAAAUUCUAUAAUGAGAGCUGGGGCGGAGAGAAUUUUAACCACAGAGAAAUACAGAAAAGCAUGUCACGUGACAAGGACUUAUGGGCGAUUGAUCCGAAGGAUAGGAUGCCAUCACUGCAGAAGAGAAAAGUAACAUGCAACUAUUGCAACCGGCCGGGACACAGAGACGACACGUGUCGCUUGAAGCCGCCCAUCUGCUACAUGUGUGGCUCCACUGGACAUUUCGAGCCUCGCUGUCCGAGGAAGAUCUGCCUUAACUGCGGCUCUCCUAACCACAUGUACUCAUCCAAGUGCCGCAACUGCACCAACUGGGGCAACCUUAAGUGUAACGAGUGUGGACAGCCUGGCCACCCCGCCACCCACUGCCCCGACGUCUGGCGCCGGUACCACAACACUAUAGACUCCACCAGCCACCUGGAGCGAACCAAACAAAAGAAUGGAAGCCAAAUGUACUGCAGCGGGUGCUCUCGGCGCGGACACCUCGUGCACACGUGCCGCUCCACGCUGCCGUUCUCCGGCCUCCCCAUCAACUCGCCCCACGUGUACUCCUACCGCCCAGUCUACCAACCCUCCGGCGACAACACACAGAGGCCACAGCACAUCACUCCUCCCGUCACGCCGCAUAGGAAUGAACGCAACAAACGCCAGUCCAAGUCUCCCACCACACAUGAUUCUCAUUUUAACAAGAAGAGGAACUUGUCCACGGGCGACGAGCCCGAACGUCGCGUCACUAAGAGCCCCGCACCCCAACGGAAAACUUCCGUCAGCAAGGAAACCUCCGAUGAAGGGAACAAAAAAGAACCUAACAAAAAUACGCAGAACGACAAUAAGCUUCAGGCGCCCAUCGAAAAGGCACCUAAUUUCAUUCCCAUCUUCUCUGCAAACCAUGACAAGAAAGGCAACAUGAUUCAAGACAACGAAGUUUCAGAUACGAGCCAUAUCAUCACCUCAGCCCGAAUCUAUGUUACCAAUGACAUCGUUGAGAAGCUCAAUACCGAACAAGGUAAAACAUGGUUGAAGGAAACCACAGAAAAACACAAUGUACAAAUUGAGAACACAGAUGUUUCGUCAUUUUUGGGUAUUAAGGGCAAGCUAGCUGAUCAGGAGGCCUUCCAGGCGGCACUCAGGGACUGGUUCAGUCCUACACCUACCACUCCAGUGUCCACCGUCGCCACCAAGCCAAGUGCUGAAGGCGACACUUGGAGCGUCAUACCGAAGAAUAGAAACAGCUUGUUGCGACAACUCAACUAUGCGUUAAAUUCACUUCAAGAGGAUAUAGGAGACCCCAGCGCGAUAUACAAGGAGCUGACGUUCCUCCAAAAUCGCCACCAACAAUUGUUAAACCAAAAAGUUAUCAGCCCCAAACAGCUGAGUAACAACCGAGGAAACAUUAACCAAAUGCUCAAGAAAUUAAACAUGGUCCUCAUCGGGCAAGCCGGCCUUGCCGACGGGUCGGCCCAUGUUAGUGAACUGUACGCGCUUCAGGAGAAACUCAUGAAUUUAAGACAGAAAGUUAUACCUAACGAUCUCCGAAAAGAGAUCGGACAACAUUAUGCGCUCAUUUUUACAGCGUUCCCAAGAACCGAUUACUUAGAUCUACUAAAAAUUUAUAAUACUACAAAACCGUCUUCUAUGUUGAAGAGGAAGAAGACGCUGAAACUCAAUCCCAAACUAAACAGAUUGAAGUUAAAAGUAAACAGCAUUCCAAAACAACCUAUUCAAAAUGGCAACAAAGAGGAGCGUGUAGAAGUCCCUGGAUCCUGUUGCAACCCGGUCAUGCUACAGAAGUUAGCUUUCUACCACAAGCGACUGCUGAGCGCACGACCCUCGGGCGCUGCUCUCAAGAGAACGCGAGGCGACCUCGUGAGGAGGCUUUACUCCUCCAUCGCCUCAUUAUACAGAAAAGAAAAAAUGUCUUCAAAGAACAUGAAAAAAGUGAAGAAGCUACAGGAACAAGCACAGUUGUUCUUGUCUAAUGUAUAA